UUCUUCCCGAACGUUCCGAAUCUGAAGUUGUGGUUAUCUCAGGUUAUCUUCAGCGGUUAUUUCGUGGAGCUCCUUCCUUCGGAGAAGCUUGGAGGCAGUCGACUUCCACGACAUCGGAAUUAUCUUAAUUGAAAAAAUGUCGAACAUACAGAACUUCUUCAAGCGUUAUCUGCCGGUAGUCAAGGCCGAAGAGGAAGAGGAAGAGGAGCUGGUGGAUCCGCAGACAGUGCUUCGUGAGGAAUGCAGUCAACUACCGAAAUGUGCCAGUUUCAAGGAGAAAUUAGACACAUGUAACGACCGUGUCAAUUCAAGAUCCAACACGGAGGAAACUUGUCUGGAAGAGAUCAUCGAUUACGUGCAAUGCGUGGACCAUUGCGUCGCGAAGACUCUGUUUAGUAAACUUAAGUAAUUGCACAUUAUAUUCCCAUAAAGAGCCAAUUGUUGUUCGCAAUGUUAAAGCUAAAGAAUAUCUCUCGAGCGUUGUACAUAUAUAAUCAAAUACUAGUAAUAAAAGAUUAACUUAUUA